GGCCCGUAGGACGCCGCCCGCGGUCUCCUGCACAGCGAGCCCUUUUCCUCGCCCCAUCCGGCUCUGUCCAGCCUGUCGCCGCGAGUUUCUGCCGCAACCUCGACGCCCCAGACGCUGGCUGAGGAGAGUGACCGUGUUUGCGCGGCGGGGGUGGGGCGGGCCGCGCCCGGGCGCCAUCUUGUCUGCAGCGGUCGCCGCCGCCCGCGCUGUAAGAUGGCGGCGGCGGGGCGCCCGUCGCGGCCGGUGUUUACCGUGGUUCCUCGUCAAUGACGCUUCUGUGAGGAACUGUGCCGACAAAGACGGAAGGCGCGGCCCGGGUACAAGGCGCUAUCCCUUCACGUCCAGUCGCUUCUCGCAGGACUGGAAUGCCCCCUCGGGGUGGUCUGGGAUCCCGAGGAGAGAAACGAUAGAGUAUUUGCAGGCGUGUGUGGUCGGGCAUCUUGUGUGUGGAAUGUCUGCGCCCCACUCGGGGCCGUUUGAGCGCGGAGACGGGGGGAGUCAAGUUAGGGCUUUUCGUUGGAAACAUUGACGGGAGGAAGAUGGCGUCCCCCUCCUCACCCGGUGGUGUAAGGAGCCGGUGGUGUGAGAGGGCCCUGAGGAGACGCUGGAUGCAGGGCGUGCUGGGGGUGGCGCUCAGCGACGGGAUCGUGUCGUGUUGCUUUUAAUGCCAUCGCUGGCUGAAGGCCUGGCCAGUUCGGUCGCUUUACCUCCUUUACAGGAGUUUUCGACAAUAAAUGAUUCUGUCUCGAGAACUUGCACGGUUGCGGGUGAGUCGGAGGCUAGUGUUGGAGGCACGUUCGGAGGGGAGAAUUGCAUCCUGUGAACUUGGGUUAAGUCUCCGCUGCAGGAAUCGAUCCGCGGGGUCACGGCCAGAGCGGAUUUGCAGAGGAGGGUUUUACCAAACGGUUCGUGGCUGACGUGCGGCGGCCUGUAAAGCUGGGGGACUUGUGUUUUCCGCAGAUGAGGCACUCGAAGAGAAGUUACUGCGCCGAUUGGGACGAGAAGGACUGGGAGUCCGCCAAGUGGAGGAGCAGCAGCAGCCGCAAGAGGGCGCGGCGGUCCCCCAGCAGCGCCCGCGAGAGCAAGCGCUGCCAGUACGACCCCCCGAAAACCUCGGACAGUCAUUAUAUGGAAAGCAGGUCCCUAAAUGAGAGAGAUUAUUAUAGCCGGCGCUACGUUGAUGAAUAUAGAAAUGACUACAGUCAAGGGUGUGAGCCCGGGCAUCGCCACAGGGACCACGAAGGCAGAUACCAGAACCACAGCAGCAAGUCUUCUGGCCGGAGCGGACGGAGUAGCUAUAAAAGCAAGCACCGGACUCACCACAGCACCACCCAUCACCGAUCACACGCGAAGAGUCACCGAAGGAAAAGAUCCAGGAGUGUAGAGGAUGAUGAGGAGGGUCACCUGAUCUGUCAGAGUGGAGACGUACUAAGUGCAAGAUAUGAAAUUGUUGAUACUUUAGGUGAAGGAGCUUUUGGAAAAGUCGUGGAGUGCAUUGAUCAUAAAGUCCGCUGUGUCCAGAUGUUGGAAUGGUUUGAGCAUCGUGGUCACAUUUGCAUUGUAUUUGAAUUACUAGGACUUAGUACUUAUGAUUUUAUUAAGGAGAAUGGUUUUCUGCCAUUUCGACUGGAUCAUAUCAGGAAGAUGGCAUAUCAGAUAUGCAAGUCUGUGAAUUUUCUGCACAGUAAUAAGUUGACUCAUACCGACUUAAAGCCUGAAAACAUUUUAUUUGUGCAGUCUGACUACACAGAGGCAUAUAAUCCCAAAAUGAAACGUGAUGAACGUACCUUAAUAAAUCCAGAUAUUAAAGUUGUAGACUUUGGAAGUGCAACAUAUGAUGAUGAACAUCACAGUACAUUGGUAUCUACCAGACAUUAUAGGGCUCCUGAAGUUAUUUUAGCCUUAGGAUGGUCCCAACCAUGUGAUGUCUGGAGUAUAGGAUGUAUUCUUAUUGAAUAUUACCUUGGCUUUACAGUGUUUCCAACACAUGAUAGUAAGGAGCACCUAGCAAUGAUGGAAAGGAUUCUUGGACCUUUACCAAAACAUAUGAUACAGAAAACCAGGAAACGUAAAUAUUUCCAUCAUGAUCGAUUGGACUGGGAUGAACACAGUUCUGCUGGCAGAUAUGUUUCAAGGCGUUGUAAACCUCUAAAGGAAUUUAUGCUUUCUCAGGAUGCUGAACAUGAGCUUCUCUUUGACCUCAUUCAGAAAAUGUUGGAGUAUGAGCCAACUAAAAGGAUUACUCUCAAAGAAGCCUUAAAACAUCCUUUCUUUCAUCCCUUAAAAAAAACUACAUAGAUCUCUAAUUGUACAGCGAAAGAAGAGAUUUUAUAGACUGUAUCAGUCUAAUUAAGUUAUUUUGUACAGCUUUUGUAAAUUUCUUAAACUUUUAUAUUGCCUUGUUUAUUUUGUUUGGAUAGUUUGAUUUGUUAAGUCCAUAGCUAAGUAAUGAACAUCUUUUUCAAUGAUUUCUGUAUAAAAUGAUCUAUUCAAAAUAAAUUUUUUUGUGUUUAUGAAGUUUA